AUGUCUCUUGUGGCUUCAAAACCACUCUUGAUGUCUGCCUUCCUACCGCUGCUCAUUGGAGCUUUGGCCUUGACCCAGGUCCGCGCAGGCUUCCAUUCCUUGCAGUUUUUUGCUACCAUCGUGUCCCAGCCUGGUGUGAGGGAGCCUUCCUUCAUCUUCGUCGGCUUCGUGGACGACACACAGUUCCUGUGCUACAACAACCAGGGGAAAAGUCAGAGAAUGGAGCCCCGCGCGAUGUGGGUGAGGCAGAUGGGGCCCUCAUAUUGGGAGAGGCAGACCCAGAUAGUCAAGGACAUUGCAAAGAAUUCGCUAGUGAACUUGCGGGAGGCUAUGGGCGUCUACAACCACAGCGAGGAUGGCUCUCACGUCUUUCAGUGUGUGUCUGGCUGCGACGUGGGGCCAAAGGGGGUCUUCCUCCGCGGGUAUGAGCAGCACGCCUACGACGGCCGCGACUACCUCGCCCUAAACCAGGACCUGCGCUCCUGGACCGCAGGCGACUCGGCGGCACAGAUCACACUGCGCAAGUGGGAGGAGGCUGGUGUCACCGAACAGAGGCGAUCCUAUCUGAAGGGCGAGUGUGUGGAGUCGCUCCGCACAUACCUAGACAUAGGGAAGGAGACUCUUCUAGGAGCAGAUCCUCCAAAGGCAUAUGUGACCCAUCACCCUAGACCUGAAGGAGACAGCAUCCUGAGGUGCUGGGCCCUGGGCUUCUACCCUUCAGACAUCACCCUGAUCUGGCAGCUGGAUGAAGAGGACCAGACCCAGGACAUGGACCUUAUUGAGACCAGGCCUGCAGGGGAUGGAACCUUCCAGAAGUGGGCAGCUAUGGUGGUGCCUUCAGGAGAGGAGCAGAGAUACACAUGCCAUGUACAGCAUGAAGCACUAACCCAGCCCCUUGUUCUGAAAUGGGACCCUCCUAAACCCACUACACCCAUCAUGGGAAUUAUUGCUGCUCUGAUUUUCCUUGGAGUUGUGUUCACUGGAGCUGUGGCUGCCAUUGUGAUGAGGAAGAGGAGAGGUAAGGAAUGA